UCCCUCCAGCCUGUCCUAUCCAAAAUAAACCUGCUGCACCCCAGGACCUUAGGCCUCAAGGAUCUUCCUGCUUUUCCAGGACACAAAAGACUCUGUAUCUUGUAGCCCAAGGGGCGGCCCCAUGAAGGAGGAAGGAGAUGGCAUGGCUUACCAUAAAGAAGCACUGGGCGCCGGGUGCACGUUCUAGGAUCCAGGUGCCCAGGGGUCAUGAAGCUGGGACUCCUCUGUGCUCUGCUCUCUCUGCUGGCAGGGCAUGGCUGGGCAGACACCCGCGCCAUCGGGGCCGAGGAAUGUCGCCCCAACUCCCAGCCUUGGCAGGCUGGCCUCUUCCACCUCACCCGGCUCUUCUGUGGGGCGACCCUCAUCAGUGACCGCUGGCUGCUCACAGCUGCCCACUGCCGCAAGCCGUAUCUGUGGGUCCGCCUUGGAGAGCACCACCUCUGGAAAUGGGAGGGUCCAGAGCAGCUGUUCCGGGUCACAGACUUCUUCCCCCACCCUGGCUUCAACAAGGACCUCAGUGCCAAUGACCACAAUGAUGACAUCAUGCUGAUCCACCUGCCCAGGCAGGCACAUCUGAGUCCUGCUGUGCAGCCCCUCAACCUCAGCCAGACCUGUGUCUCCCCAGGCACACAAUGUCUCAUAUCCGGCUGGGGGGCCGUGUCCAGCCCCAAGGCGCUGUUUCCAGUCACACUGCAGUGUGCCAACAUCAGCAUCCUGGAGAACAAACUCUGUCACUGGGCAUACCCCGGCCACAUCUCGGACAGCAUGCUCUGUGCGGGCCUGUGGGAGGGGGGCCGAGGUUCCUGCCAGGGUGACUCUGGGGGCCCCCUGGUUUGCAAUGGAACCUUGGCAGGUGUGGUGUCUGGGGGUGCUGAGCCCUGCUCCAGACCCCGGCGCCCAGCAGUCUACACCAGCGUAUGCCACUACCUUGACUGGAUCCAAGAAAUCAUGGAGAACUGAGCCUGUGAGCCACAGGGGCACCUUGGAAAACCAAGAGAGGCCGAAGGGCACGGGGUAGGGGGUUCCCGCAGGGUUCCAGCCUCAAUGGUUCCCGCCGUUGACCGCCAGCUGCCCUGAGACUCCCCUCUGGAAGCUGAGACUCCGCCCCUGAGGCUCCGCCCCCUCACGAGGUCAAGCAAGACACAGCGCGCCCCCUCGGAACGGAGCAGGGACACGCCCUUCAGAGCCCGUCUCUAUGACGUCACCGACAGCCAUCACCUGCCUCUUGGAACAGCGCAGCCUGUGGCUCCGCCCCAAGGAACCACUUACACAGAAUAGCUCCGCCCUUCGGAACUUUGCCCAAUGGGACUUCCCCUCGGGACUCCACCCCUUGUGGCCCCGCCUCCUUCACCAGAGAUCUCUCCUUCGUGAUGUCAGGGGCGCAGUAGCUCCGCCCACGUGGAGCUCGAGGGCAGUGUCGAGCUCAGCCCCGUGUGGCCCCGUCCUGGGCGUGUCCUGGGUUUGAAUCCUGGCGGGGACUUGGGGGGAAAUUGAGGAAGGGUCUGGAUACCUUUACAGCCAAUGGAUGAUUUUACAGUAAACGCGGGAAACCGCACCUUCUUUCUGC